AUGGCCGCAUCUGUUCCGAAGAGCAAUGCUGCGGAGGACAUCAAGAGCAAGAAAAUGAAAUGCCGGCGUCAGAAAAUCAAUCCCCUGGACGUUACGGAAUCGCUCGGUUAUCAGACACACCGGCGUGGGAUCCGCAAACCAUGGUCGAAGGAGGACGACGACGUGCUGCGUAACGCUGUGCACCAGAGCCUGCUGGAACUGGGGUACCCUGAAGGCAUAGAGUCUAUCCGGACCAUCCGAGAAUCACAGGAGGUCUGCAAGCAAAUCCCAUGGGAAAAGGUGGUGCUGUAUUUCGACACAAAGGUGCGCAAGCCGAAGGAUGUGCGCAAGCGGUGGACAAGUAGUCUGGACCCCAACUUGAAGAAAGGCCGGUGGACUCCUGAAGAGGACCGGCUCUUGUUGGAGUCGUACCAGCGACAUGGCCCGCAGUGGCUGAAGGUGUCGCAGGAGCUAGCUGGUCGGACUGAGGACCAGUGCGCGAAGCGCUAUAUAGAGGUGCUGGACCCGAGUACGAAAGAUCGGCUGCGGGAGUGGACGAUGGAGGAGGACCUUGCACUCAUCAGCAAGGUGAAAAUGUACGGAACGAAAUGGCGCCAGAUUUCCUCAGAGAUGGAGUCGCGGCCGAGUCUUACCUGCCGUAACAGGUGGCGGAAGAUCAUCACGAUGGUCAUCCGCGGAAAGGCCUCAGAGACUAUUAUCCAGGCCGUUGAAAGCGGGAGUGAAAUGCUAUCGAAGAAGGGUGCUCUACAGGAUACCCUGCGAACACACUCGGAAGAGCAGGCCUUGGACGAUGAGGAUGGGGAAAGUGGUACUACAAAUUCAUUGGAGCAUGAAGGCCCACAGCCGGGCACGGGUGCCGGUGCCCACAGGGCGACAGGCGAGCAUCCGGAACAAAACGGCAUUCCCGGCGGCCGCCCGGACGGAGUCGUUGAGACGGGCGUGCCCACGCUCCUGGCUGUCAAUGGGCGGCCGAAAGAGCCACAUUCAGCCAUGGAUAUGGAAGGCUCUCCUGGCUACACGUCGGAAUCGACGCUCUUUUCGCACCAGACAGUACGAAUCCAGUCCGCGAUGUCUCCCCAGGGCUGCGGUCUUGGGCCAAACGUGGACAAUAGGGCAAAACGCGAUGCGCCGACCCCCGCUAUCCAGGUAGGUGGGAGUGUCAACUAUAUGGAGGGUGAGACAAAUAUGGGCUUCGGCUUGCCUUCCGCUCACACGCCCGUCCAGGGGCCUGCUGCAACGCCGCACAUGCAAAACGAACGCAUGAUGCGGAGCGAAGCAAUCAAUUCGUCCCUUGCGACACCAGAGGAACCCCCUGUCGUCAAUCGCACAGUUCCGCAUCUGGGGCAGUGCUCUCAGCAGGCUCACCCCGGGAUUUCCGGGCUGCCCGACCGGCCCGCACACGUGUUACAGCAUGCCCAGCCCCGCAUCCCAGACUCAACCUUCACAGAAUGGAAGUACAGUCUCAAGGGCCCGGACGGGGUUGCGCUCGGUGGCGACAUACUGGAGAUGAGCAUGGUCGAGAAACUGGUGAACUAUUCCAAACAAAACGGCAUCUCGAUCUCGAUUCACCAACAUGUGCAUCACCAUUAUGUCAACACAGUGAUGCCGCAAACACAUCUCCCAGACGACAAACGCUUCGACGCGCAGUUUGGCAGCGGCUUCGGCCUUACCAGCCGGCAGCCGGACGCCUUUGAGCUGGACGUGGACCUAGGCGCGCGCACGUCCCACUACGACGGACUCAUGUUGGACUCGCUGCCCCAGCCCCCCCUGGGAAAUCUCUAUAUGCAGAACUACAACAUGUCGCCGCAACCCCCGUUCUCACGCCCUCCAACUACCAGCUCUGCCGGUUCUGGCAAGGCAGAUCUCUCCGAGCUUAGCCCGCAACGCAAGGCCCAUUUUACAGCGCUCCCGCCGCACGUCCGCCUGCAGCUCGGCUCCAGCGACGCCAGCAGGGACUCGUCCCAGCGCCCCCGAAAGCAGCGCAGAAAGCGCCUGCGCGACCCCGCCCACUCUUCUGCCUCCUCUGCCACCAACACGCCCCACUCCGCCAUUGCCUCGCCCUCCUCACGUGACCACGCGCCCUCUGCCGCGCCUGAGGAAGAGGACGACUUCUGGGAGAGCCUGCGCAAGCUCGCCUCAAACCCGCCCCGUACCUCCGCCCGCGCCGCCCCGCGCCGAGAUUCUUGGACUGCGGGCGAACCGUACCGUGGACUUCCCUAUAACCCCAGCUAG